UGAUAUUUUCUAGGCGUCUGAUAGGCCUAUAGCAUAUUGUCUUGUGUGUCGUCACUAAAAUGAUGCCAUACAGACUAGUUAGGCCUGCAACUGUUAUAGUCAUUUGUCAUAAGCUAACUUCAAAUACAGUUUUGAAGAUGUAUGAUCCAUCUGGGCAAAAUAUUCCUUAUUCAGGAAAGUUAUUUGCUUUGAGGGUGGCAACCAAAUGGGAGGUGACGUGCAGUUUCGCCUUCGCCUGCUGGUACAAUGCAUAGUUAGAGAAGUCUAGUAGCCAAGUAUAUCAAGGCUGUCGUGCUCCAGGUAUGGUAGACUGACGGUUAUUUGAAUUUUUUUUGUAUGUUUUUAUGCGAAAAUGUCCUCUCAGAAUAAUAGGCUGUAUGGUUUUGUAUAUUGUUCAUGUCUCGUCACUUUGAGGAAGCGUAAUGACCGUGAGGCAGUUUGUAGCCGGAAUACCGAAAGUGUUUUAGAUGUGGAGCUUUAUGAGCCUGCAACUGUUUAUCUGUUGUCGUUAAGAGUUUAAUUGCGCUGUUUUUAUGGAAAUAAGGCGAAUGCGUUGCCAACAAAGCAAUCUCGGCCAAGCAACUACUAUGCCUUCCUCUAGAUAACCUAUCAAAAUACUGAUAUCGUACCAUGAUUUGAUUUCCUUAAAGACGCCUGAGAAUAGUGAUCAUGAUUUGGGGUUGCAGUUUUAAUAUCAUGAGAGAGGUUUUGCUUCUCCUUUUCUUCUCUUCACUCCUUCCAUUCAUGGAUUCGCUCCAUGAGGCAGGGGUGGUGUAGCUGCAGGCUGCAGACAGCAAGGGCACUACAGUACUGCCGUCGGAAAUUUCCAGUCUGUUCAAGCUGCUAAAAACACGGUCACAACAGCAACAGGAGAGAAAACUGGGGCCACAGGUCAUUUACUUCUAAACAUACAGCAUCCCUCAAUAUGACGAUUAAAAGACCUUUUUGGCUCUGCAAAAAAGCCACAGUGGUGCUCUGAGAUGUUUUUUUUAAUGAAAACUAAAGCCCAUUAAAUGAUUUAUUACUAAUAUGCCUACAUUUUUCAAACUAAAUAUAUUAGAGCCAAAAGUUCAAUUAUGGAAAUGUUAGCAUUUAAAAUGUAACAUUCCCAAUUUUCAUUACAAUUGCCUAAGUCCACUUUUAUGCUUUGGAUAGCUAAACGCAUAAAGGUAAAGCUCAACUUUGUUUUCAUGUAGAAUUCAUUAAAUGAAUUAUACAAUGAGGUACAUAAAAGUAAGGAUAAUCAAUAACUAGAUAAUACAUUUGAAUAUCAGUGAAACUAUUAUUUUCAUUAUCGAUUAAUCUACCAAAUAGCAAAAAGUGCCCAUCACAAGUUUCAAAGGUGACGUCAUAAAAUGCCUUGUUUUGUAUCACCAACAGUACAAAACUAUCAUAGAAGUCAAAUAUUUGCAUUUGAAAAGCUGGAACCAGUUAGUUGUUGACAUUUUUUUCUUUAAAAAGGUUUGAAAUUGUUAAUCAAUUAUCAAAAUAGUUGCAUAUUAAUUUUCUGUCGAUCAAGUAAUCAGUUAAUCAACUAAUUGUUACAGCUCUAAUGAAAAUGUUGGAGCGCUCAGGAACACUCAUGAUGCGGCAUGAUAGAAUACAUUUGACCCAGAAUAAAAUGUAUCACUCUUGUUAACCUUGAACACUGUAAAUUUGAAAAUAAUUGAUCUUGACUGAUUGUGUGUGCCCUAAAUCCCAUCACAGUACUAACCCUCCACUGAGAAAUACAUCUCUGAGUAAAAAGAGUGACGACAAGCCCCACUGUGGUUUAGUAUCAUUUAGUAUCAGAACCACCACACAUUCUUAUUUCAAACCCUGCUCUCCAGCACCUCGACAGGCUGUGUGUCAGUCAUACAUGUCAGUAUCUCCUCAUGUCAUGUUCCAUCAAUCACUCAGUGCUGUAUGUGUUAUCUUCAUUAACAUGGACAAAGGUCAGAGGCCAUAGUGUUCUCUUUCAAGGGCUGAAUAAGCAAAGCAGAGCAGCUUGGGCUAACACUUGAUUGCCCUAAUCAGUAUUAUGACAGGCCUGGCAUCACCUGGAAACAUACAAAGUGUUCUGCAAUGAUAUUUUGCUGAUAAUGCUAUGUAGGUUUUUGUUAACGUGUGCAAUUACUUACUUUUGUCCCCUAAGAUUGGAGGACAGUAUAAAAAGGGCUACAAUUCCUACUCUGAUCAUCUGAUGUGGAUGUAAAUACUCUCAAAUUAAAGCUGGAAAUCAACAUUUCUGUUUCAUUUAAAACCCAGUGUUUUUGAGUGCACAAGCACAGCCAACAUAACAAAAUGAAGUGUCACUGUGAUCCUACUUUCUGACUGCAACUGUACUUUGCGGCAUUCUUUCCAGUUUGUCAGUUUUCUGAUGGAUUUGCAGUCUUUGUUAAGCAUCACCCUCCAUGGACUUUUGCUCCUCUGUACACAGUAUGUGUGUGUGUCAUGUGCCUAACUUUAGCAAUAAAAUCAAGUUGCCCACUCAGCGCCUGCUAUCAAUUGGUAGAUGGAUGCUUUGACAUGAGCUGGAAGGAGGAGUUUGAAAUGAGAAGUAAAACUCACAAAAGAAAUCCAUUACAUACCAGAGUCAGUCAGGUAUGUAACAGUUGGCUGGUAUCAUAGCUUCCCAACGCUGCCCAUUAUAUUUAAACUGCAACCCAGAUCCGCCUCUGCUAAAUCAGAGGGAGUAAUAAGCAGUAAUCGCCACUUUAGGCACAGCAGGGGAGCUCAUUUAUGAUCAGCAUGUAGGAAAUACCUGCUGGGUGGGAGGGGCGAGUCAGGUAAACUGCCACAGUGUUAAGAGAGCGCACACACUAGGAGAAAUGUUUGCUCUUCCCUCUAGCUGUUAGCCUGAAGGAGAAGGGAAGCGCCUCAGUGGGAGCAACAUGAGCUCUCAGGGUGAUCACGAGUGGAUGGACAAUGAUUGGUCUCCAACAAGAAAAGAGAGAACCAAUCUGGGAGAAUACAACCACCACCUGCUUCUGGGAGACAGCAGCGACCCCUUGGAGCCUUCGGUCCUGGACACAGCAUGGCUCUUCCCGCUAAUGGAGACCAGGUUGUACAAGCGGCGAUGGGUCAUGCUAUUCGUCUUCAGCGCCUUCUCCAUGAGCAACGCCUUCAUGUGGCUGCAGUACGGCAUCAUCAGCAACAUCUUCAUGCGCUUCUACAACAUCGACACCCUGGCCAUCGACUGGCUCUCCAUGAUCUAUUUCAUCACCUACAUCCCCCUCAUCCUGCCCGUCACGUGGGUGCUCGACAACCGGGGCAUGAGGGACGUUGUGGUGGUGGGCUCAGCCUUCAACUGCAUUGGGGCAUGGAUCAAGACGAGCACGGCCCACCCCAACAUGUUUGCCAUGACCUUUUUUGGCCAGUUUGUGUGUUCGGUGGCCACUGUUUAUAUCCUGGGCAUCCCAUCCAGACUUGCGUCCCUGUGGUUUGGGCAGCAGGAAGUGUCCACCGCCUGUUCCAUUGGCGUUCUGGGAAACCAGAUGGGUAUUGCCAUUGGGUUCCUGAUCCCACCCAUCCUUGUGCCUAAUGUGGAUGAUAUAAAUGAGUUGGAGUACCACAUCAGAAUCAUGUUCUACAUCAGCGCGGGAGUGGCCACCCUCAUCUUUAUCCUCGUGGUCAUUGUGUUUCAGGAGAGACCAGAGAUCCCUCCCACCCAGGCCCAGGCUCAGGCCAGGAACAUCCCCCCCGACGAGUACUCGUACAUGGCUUCUAUCGUGAGGCUGCUGCGCAACAAGCCCUUCAUGCUCCUGGUGGUCAGCUAUGGGCUCAAUGUUGGCUGCUUCUACGCUGUUUCCACACUGUUGAAUCGGAUGAUCAUUGAACACUAUCCUGGUGAAGAGGUGAAUGCUGGGAGAAUUGGUCUGACCAUUGUCGUUGCUGGCAUGGUGGGGUCCCUCAUAUGUGGCAUUUGGCUGGACAAGACCAAAACCUACAAACAAACCACCUUGGUCGUAUAUCUCCUCUCUCUUGCUGGGAUGCUGGUCUACGCCUUCACCCUCAACCUGGGUCACCUGUGGGUGGUGUUUGUCACAGCUGGAGUUUUAGGCUUCUUCAUGACAGGAUAUCUACCUCUGGGCUUUGAGUUUGCAGUAGAGCUCACCUAUCCAGAAUCAGAGGGAACCUCAUCUGGACUGCUUAACUGUUCAGCUCAGAUCUUUGGAAUCAUUUUCACCAUCUCCCAAGGGAAAAUUAUUGAUACAUGGGACACUUUAGCGGGAAACAUCUUCCUGAGUAUCUUUCUGCUAAUAGGAGCAGUAAUGACAGGAUUCAUCAAGUCUGACCUCCGACGACAGAAGGCCAACCUACAGGCGGAGGUCCAGACAGUGAGUCCUACAGGCUCCAUGUCAUCGGUGCAGGACUACAUGGCCACAGACUGCAGCAGCCCCUGGCAACGGUUGUCUUGACAUAACCCCUCCCACCUCACUAAAACCAAAACACACACCUGCCAAGAAAGUGGCAGCUGAUCUAGAAGGAGGCGUCUCUCCACCUGAAAUCCUGAAAGAGAGGAAGUUUUAAGGAGAACAGACAAACAGAAAUACUGACACGUCAGCAUACAUAAACAUGCACACAUGGCCACAGAGGGAAAAAAGCUGCUGUGAAGAGUGAUCACAUGGAGAGUGAAUCAUACUGAACAGCCCUCUGUGAGGCUUUAUGAUUGGAGUAAGAACCAGCAGACUUGCUGUAUAUUUAAUGCACUGUACAACAUGAUGUACUGUAUGGACGCCACACUCUGGCCUUACCAGAGAUUCAAACUAAUAUCCCAAGUGCAACUUAGCUCAUCCCAAAGCAAGCACAAGGCAAUCAUGCACAAGGGGAACGCACUUAGAACCUCAGUGGUUUUUACAAUUAUCUUUCGUAAACAUUAAUUGUAUCCAAUGUAGGCAUUUUACAUGUCUUGUCAGUGCAAUGCAACUGCCACUUUAGUGACUACACUCUUUAAGUGAAUUCAACUUUUAACUAAAUUGUUUCCUAGGAUUUUACCGUCCCCCACUGAUUAGUGUUAAUGUAGUGUUCUAUGCAUCUAAUGAGCAAUAUUUAAACUGUGAGUGUUUCCUAAUAUUGGACCAAUAUAGUGUGUAACUUUUCUCAGUCUGGACUUUGCUGAGGGCAUUUAUUUGAGUGUUCUGUUUUUAGAGGAUGCAUGUUGCAGACUAAUAACUGGAACGCGUUUUCCUGUCAUGGCAGCUGGGUCGUUUUGUGGCUCAACAAGGCCUUCAUAUCCUCUCUGCCUGCCAUUCAGGAUCACAUGGAAGUGUUACUUCUGAAUACUGCUGAUUAUAAAUAUGAUUGAUGCUGUGCAUCUGAGUACACUUUGGAAGGUCAGUUUUGUCCUUGUUUUAUCUCUACAAGACAUUAAUAACUAAUAAAUAUCUGAAACAUCACGCGAGAGCGUCUGAAACAUUAAGAAUGUCAGCACAGCACAAAACAUGAUAGGAGGAUGAGGCAAAUCGAACUACUGCAGUUGUCAUUUUGCACAAGAAAAUGUUUGUAAGUAUAAUACUCUUGUAAAUGUGUUACUGAGAAAUGUAGUUCAUGCUGUGUAACCAGUGUUUGUACAGUUUGUCGUUAACAUGUUUUACUUGAUGUGUUGUGGCUGGUUGUCUUUUCCUAUUUUCUAAUGAUUGUUAUGUGAUUUUGAGAGCUAUUAGUUAUUCUUUCAGUGGCAUUUUUAGGACAUUUCACAGUGCAGUGAAGACGUUUCUACACCCCUUGAGUUGUUUUCCAUUUUGUAUUCUAUAAAUGAAUUCUUAUUGUAGUUAAAAUAUUUCUAGACUGGAUGUGUGUAGUGUUUUCUAUGUCACUAAAGUAAUAAGAUAAAUAAUCAAGUAAAAACAUUAAAACAUGAA